CUCACCAUGAGAAGGUGCUGCCAGGGCGUGGGGCUGCCAUGCCUGUUUAAGGGUGUUGGGAUGGCCAGCCCCAGGCCUCCCAAGUUCCUCCUGGUCUUUGACUUCGACGAGACCAUCGUCAAUGAGAACAGCGAUGACUCCAUCGUGCGGGCGCUGCCGGGGCAGGAGCUCCCGGGGAGCAUCCGCCAGACCUUCCAGGAGGGCUUGUACAACGAGUACAUGCAGCGUGUCCUGGCCUACAUGGGGGACCAAGGGGUCAAGAUGGGGGACUUCAAGACUGUCUACGAGAACAUCCCCCUCUCCCCUGGCAUGCCCGACCUCUUCCAGUUCCUCUCCAAGAACCACGAGCUCUUCGAGAUCGUCCUCAUCUCCGACGCCAACAUGUUUGGCAUCGAGUGCAGCCUGAGGGCAGCUGGUUUCUACUCCCUCUUCCGUAAGAUCUUCAGCAACCCAGCCAGCUUUGACAAGAGGGGGUACCUCACCCUGGGGCCCUACCACAGCCACAAGUGCCUUGACUGCCCGGGCAACAUGUGCAAGCGCAAAAUCCUCACGGAAUACCUGGCGGAGAGAGCCCAGGAGGAGGUGGAGUUUGAGAGGGUCUUCUACGUGGGAGAUGGUGCCAAUGACUUCUGCCCUUCCAUGGCUUUGACUUCCUCUGACGUGGCUUUCCCACGGAAGGGCUACCCCAUGCACAGGAUGACCCAGGAGAUGGAGAAGAAGCAACCAGGAGCCUUCCAAGCCACCGUGGUGCCCUGGGAUUCAGCUGCAGAAGUUGCCCGUUAUCUCCAGGAGGCCCUCAAGAAGAAGUGCUGAGGGUGGCUGGGGAAAGUCCUGCUUCCCAUGAGCAGCUGGGAAAGAAGAAGCUUGGG